UGGACGCAGAGGCCUUGAUGGGCAUGUUCCCGCAGUGUACCCCGUCGAAAGUGAAACGCAAUAUGAUAUUCCUUGUGGAGGCCCCCACCACCGUCUUCAAGCUCGUUACCAUUGCGAGGAAAUUGAACAAAGGCUGCGAUCUGGACUUCGCGGCGCCCCUGCUCCACCACGCCGGCAUGCUUGCCAUCUGUUCCUGGAAGAAGCCCGGCGCGGUGGGAUAUCCAGGAGCUGUGGCUGGACGGCAACAGCAUCGGCGGGGACGGAGCGGCGGCGCUGCAGGCGGCCUGGGGCAGCCGCGGCGGGCGCCUCUGUGUCAACUGAGCCAGGGGCGCCUGCCCAAGGGGGCACCAGGGAGUGGCGGGAGUUUGCUCCAGGAGCCAACUGCUGCAAUUACUAUUACAACUCUCCCCGCGUUUUCCCUUAGCUCCCCCUCGUCUCAUCUUCUUCUCUUCGUGCUCCUCCAUGAAGGGCUGCGCCCACUUAGAGCGCCAAAGUGCUAAGCAGCAGUGCGUUGCUUAGACAGGCCCAGGGGUAGGACUCGACGCGAUAUGGAGCUCGUCCGCGCAACAUUUGUUUCACUUGCACUGGGCGCGGGUGCUCCAGGAUUGGCAAGUUCUUGCCACCCAUACUCAGCAAGGGUCCGGUUCGGCGGCGGGCCGGUUCGGAUCCUUGGGGGGUCACUCUCGGGGUCCACACCUGUGCCCCCGAAGGGCCGGCGGCGCGCUGACAGAGGGGGGUUCGGCGGCACACGCGAUCUGGCCUGGAGCGCCAGCUGCUCCCCAGCGUCGGCCGGCCUCUUCUCCUCUUCUGGCCCCCCACUGCUGCCUCCUGUUGCUUCGUAUGCUCCUUCCUCCUCUCUCCUGUACCCCUCCAAGUUCUAACAUCCCCCUUCCUCUGCACGGUGGCUGCAAAUGCUGCAGCACCACUCCUUCGCAGCAUGGUCAUUUAGUUUUCGCCUCUGCGUUUGAGAAGCUUGCUCUGUGCUCGGAUCUUUGUUGCGCCUGCAGUGACAAGUGAUUUCGCUUUGUGCAGCGUCCCAUUUUUCCGAGGCUUCCGGAGCACUAUGAAUUUAGCUGCUGCUCUAUCGAGCACCAGGCUGCCACCGCAGCCAUAGUUACCUAGCUUUGCAUUCGUGUCUUCUUGGGCCUGUGCUCCAUCGGGA